GAAUCCGUGUCUUCCGAUUUUGACUUUUCUCUCAUUCAGGACUGGUUGUUAGACUUCAGAGCAUCCUCCCCGGAAUAUGUUGUGUCAGCUGAGCAGUGGUGUUUGUCUCCUCCCAUGACAUUUGGCCAGGUUAGACCCCUUUCUCCUGACUCACCUAUUCCUCAGUUCAGUUUUCCCCAUGUUUACGAUAUUGAAUUGUCAAGACACAGGUCGUUUACCCCAGAAUCAACAUUUUCUGACUGGGAAGGUACUGAUUUGUGUCUGGAAACCCUAUUUGAUGAGAAUAGACCAGAGUCUCCGCAGUCAGUUUUAUCAGACUUUGAACUUGAUAAGUUAUUUAGUAGCAGGGCAUUGUCCCCGGAAUCCGUGUCUUCCGAUUUUGACUUUUCCCUCAUUCAGGACUGGUUGUUAGACUUCAGAGCAUCCUCCCCGGAAUAUGUUGUGUCAGCUGAGCAGUGGUGUUUGUCUCCUCCCAUGACAUUUGGCCAGGUUAGACCCCUUUCUCCUGACUCACCUAUUCCUCAGUUCAGUUUUCCCCAUGUUUACGAUAUGGAAUUGUCAAGACACAGGUCGUUUACCCCAGAAUCAACAUUUUCUGACUGGGAAGGUACUGAUUUGUGUCUGGAAACCCUAUUUGAUGAGAAUAGACCAGAGUCUCCGCAGUCAGUUUCAUCAGACUUUGAACUUGAUAAGUUAUUUAGUAGCAGGGCCUUGUCCCCAGAAUCUGUGUCUUCCGAUUUGGACUUUUCUCUUAUUCAGGACUGGUUGUUAGACUUUAGAGCAUCCUCCCCAGAAUCUGUUGUGUCAUUUGAUCAGCGCUGUUUGUAUCCUCGGAUGACAUUUGGCCAGAUUAAUAGUCAACAUUGUAACUAUUACUUACAGUACUCUGAAAGUAGACCCGUAUCACCUAUUUCAACAACGUCAGAUGUUGAGUAUUCUGGAUUUUAUCUUGAGGACUUGUUUGACGACAGCAGACCAGAUUCACCAGACUCAUUUUCUUCACAGAUUGAAAAUAAGCAAACAGGCGUAACUGUGACCACAUCUCCACCACUUUCUGCUGCCAGACCUUAUACAUAUGCAGAUAUUGUGCGGGGCAUUACACAUGAAAAACAUGCUGAUGCGUUUUUGGGCGUCAGAUCAUUUGAGCUGAGACCACUUUGGCCCAUGUCUGUGUCAUCAGAAAAGGAAUACACUCACUCAUCCGUAGACGAGUGUGUCACCGACUUAAGACCACAUUCUCCCGAGUCGGUCUCAUCUCAAAGUGAACUUAGACACCUCUCUCCUGACUCACCUGUUCCUCAGUUCAGAUGUCCCCAUGACUGGUUGUUAGACUUCAGAGCAUCCUCCCCGGAAUAUGUCGUGUCAGCUGAGCAGUGGUGUUUGUCUCCUCCCAUGACAUUUGGCCAGGACUGGUUGUUAGACUUCAGAGCAUCCUCCCCGGAAUAUGUUGUGUCAGCUGAGCAGUGGUGUUUGUCUCCUCCCAUGACAUUUGGCCAGGACUGGUUGUUAGACUUCAGAGCAUCCUCCCCGGAAUAUGUUGUGUCAGCUGAGCAGUGGUGUUUGUCUCCUCCCAUGACAUUUGGCCAGGACUGGUUGUUAGACUUCAGAGCAUCCUCCCCGGAAUAUGUUGUGUCAGCUGAGCAGUGGUGUUUGUCUCCUCCCAUGACAUUUGGCCAG